AUGCACCAGCCGGCAGGAUCCACGCUGAUGGAGGAAAUCAUUUUCUUACCGCCGGAGCUGGAAAAGACCCAGGUGAAUUUGGAUAGGAGAAAAGCGGCGGGACCGGACGAAAUCCACCCGGCACUGCUUGGGCCUCUAGGGAGUAUCUUGGCUGCCCCGUUAGCUCGCCUCUUUAAUCUGUCCAUCGCGGCAGCCACAUUGCAGCAGGACUGGAAAGUAGCUAAUGUGGCUCUCAUCCACAAAGGAGGCUACAGGGAGCUGGCCACUAAUUAUAGGCCCGUUAGCUUACUCUCCGUGGUCCUAAACGUCAUGGAAAGACUAAUCAGAGAUAAGAUGGCCAAGUACCUCACCGAACGUGGCCUGCUGGCGGAGGCUCAGCACGAGUUUCGUCAAGGCCGUUCGUGCCUCACAAACCUGCUAGCCUUC